GGGGAAAGGCACUUAACGCAUGCUGUUUCCUUCAAAGAAGGAAAAGGAAGUAUGAGGGAAUCUACCCAGUAGGCCUGGUUGGAGGGGUUGGGCGAACAGGCCUAGCAACGGAUCUGACAACAGAGAUGCAUCUUUUGGCACCUGGGCAGACGUCCCUGGCAGGCCUGGAGCAAUGUGGCCAGGCCAAGGCCCGCUGUGUCCUGCCUUUUGUCCAGGAUGACCCCGGCAUCACCCGAGAGCCAGAAACGGUCAUGCCAAGUCCUCCUAUCUCUGGGGAAGGGAACAAGACAUGACCGCACCUCCACCACCUUCCUACGAAGAGACAGCCGCCUUCAACAACAGCGCCCCUUACCCGUACCCCUACCCUGCACCAAUGGGGCUCGGGGGCGCGCCUCCGGCAAAAGAGGGACAGGCUCCGCCCUACCCACAGCAGCCCUACCCUGUGACCUCGGCCCCACCUCCAGGUGCGCUGCCGGCUGCUGCCUCAUCCCCUUCUGCGUGGAUGCCCUCCUGGAUGUGGACCAUUAUUGCCCCAGCUGUAACACACUCCUGGGUUCCUACAAGAGACUCUGA